GCCAUCUGCCCGAUUGCCCCUAACUCUGGCAGUGGGGUCCUCGAUGGCAGUGGGCAUCUCCCCCUGAAACCUGCCAAGCUGGACGCCACAGCUCUGCACGACGACACCUUGGCCACCUCCGCGCCCCCCUCAGAGGCUUGCAACCAUGCAGUCCUAGCCUGCAGCCCGGGCAUCCCCGAGGAGCACUACGUGAGCGAGGCUGUGGAAGAUGCUCCCGGCUACCGAGGGUGCCGGGAUGCCUGCACCAUCACCGACGUGUGCAACAGUACCAACCUCCCGGAAGUCGAGAUCAUCAGUCUCCUGGAGGAGCAGCUGCCCCACUACAAGCUAAGAGCCGACACCAUCUACGGCUAUGAUCACGACGACUGGCUGCACACGCCGCUCGUUUCUCCAGACGCCAGCAUCGACCUCACCACCGAGCAAAUUGAAGAGACUCUGAAAUACUUCCUUCUAUGUGCUGAGAGAGUUGGCCAGAUGACUAAGACAUAUAAUGACAUUGAUGCUGUCACUCGGCUUCUCGAGGAGAAAGAGCGGGAUCUGGAGUUAGCUGCACGGAUUGGCCAGUCGUUGUUGAAGAAGAACAAGACCCUCACCGAGAGGAACGAGCUGCUGGAGGAGCAGGUGGAGCACAUCAGGGAAGAGGUGUCUCAGCUCCGCCACGAGCUGUCCAUGAAGGACGAGCUGCUGCAGUUCUACUCCAGCGCCGCCGAGGAGAGCGAGCCCGAGUCUGUCUGCUCCACCCCGUUGAAGAGGAAUGAGUCGUCCUCCUCCGUCCAGAAUUACUUCCACCUGGACUCUCUUCAGAAGAAGCUGAAAGACCUCGAAGAGGAGAAUGUCGUACUUCGGUCAGAGGCCUGUCAGCUGAAGACGGAGACCAUCACGUAUGAGGAGAAGGAGCAACAGCUGGUGAACGACUGCGUGAAGGAGCUGAGAGAUGCCAACGUCCAGAUAGCGAGCAUCUCAGAGGAGCUGGCCAAGAAGACAGAAGACGCGGCCCGCCAGCAGGAGGAGAUCACACACCUGCUGUCGCAGAUUGUGGACUUACAGAAGAAGGCAAAGGCCUGUGCAGUGGAAAAUGAAGAGCUGGUCCAGCAUUUGGGUGCUGCCAAGGAUGCCCAGCGGCAGCUCACGGCUGAGCUGCGUGAGCUGGAGGACAAGUACGCCGAGUGCAUGGAGAUGCUGCACGAGGCCCAGGAGGAGCUCAAGAACCUGCGGAACAAGACCGUGCCCAACACCACGUCGCGGCGCUACCACUCGCUCGGCCUGUUUCCCAUGGACUCGUUGGCAGCGGAGAUCGAGGGGACGAUGCGCAAGGAGCUGCAGCUGGAAGAGCCCGAGUCUCCAGACAUCACCCACCAGAAACGUGUCUUUGAGACUGUGCGAAACAUCAAUCAGGUCGUCAAGCAGAGAUCACUGACCCCUUCCCCCAUGAACAUCCCUGGCUCCAACCAGUCCUCGGCCGUGAACUCGCUCCUGUCCAGCUGUGUCAGCACCCCACGGUCCAGCUUCUAUGGCAGCGACGUCAGCAACGUGGUCUUUGAUAACAAGACCAGCAGCCUCAUUCUGGAGACGGAGGCAGCCGACCUGGGGAAUGAUAGCAAGAAGCCGGGCACCCCGGGCACCCCGGGCUCGCACGACCUGGAGACGGCGCUGCGGCGGCUGUCGCUGCGCAGGGAGAACUACCUGUCGGAGAGGAGGUACUUCGAGGAGGAGCAGGAGCGCAAGCUGCGGGAGCUGGCCGAGAAGGGCGAGCUGCACAGCGGCUCGCUCACGCCCACCGAGAGCAUCAUGUCGGUGGGCACGCACUCCCGCUUCUCCGAGCUCACCGGCUUCUCCGGCAUGUCCUUCAGCAGCCGAUCCUACCUGCCCGAGAAGCUGCAGAUCGUGAAGCCCCUGGAAGGUUCAGCCACCCUUCACCACUGGCAGCAAUUGGCCCAGCCUCAUCUUGGGGGCAUCCUGGACCCCCGGCCCGGUGUGGUCACCAAGGGCUUCCGGACACUGGACGUUGACCUGGAUGAAGUGUACUGCCUUAACGACUUUGAAGAAGAUGACACAGGUGACCACAUUUCUCUCCCGGGCCUAGCUACUACCUCCACGCCAGUUCAGCACCCAGAGACCUCAGGUGAGAGGUCCCGAGCUCGUGUGACUGUCUCAGACAGCAGAAGUUACUCAAGUCGGCCUCAGGCUUCCCCAGAGGAGAUGCACAAGCCGCCAGCGGGCCUGGAGGAGGAGGAGGAGGAGGGGUCUGCGCACCACCCUGGGAAGUGCAUGUCACAGACCAACUCCACCUUCACCUUCACCACUUGCCGCAUCCUGCACCCUUCAGACGAGCUCACGCGGGUCACACCAAGCCUUAACUCAGCCCCAGCUCCAGCUUGUGGCAGCACCAGCCACUUGAAAUCCACGCCAGUGGCCACGCCGUGCACCCCAAGGAGACUGAGCCUGGCAGAGUCCUUCACUAACGUCCGCGAGUCCACGACCACCAUGAGCACAUCGCUAGGGCUGGUGUGGCUGCUGAAGGAGCGAGGCAUUUCUGCGGCUGUGUAUGACCCCCAGAGCUGGGACAGGGCCGCCCGGGGCUCCCCCUCGCACUCCUACACCCCCAGAAUGGCCGUGAUCCCCUCUACCCCACCCAACUCACCUAUGCAGACACCCACGGCCUCCCCACCCUCCUUUGAGUUCAAGUGCACGAGUCCUCCCUAUGACAACUUCCUGGCUUCCAAGCCUGCCAGCUCUAUCCUGAGGGAGGUGAGGGAGAAGAAAUGCGUGCGCAGCAGCGAGAGCCAGACCGAUGUGUCUGUCUCCAACCUCAACCUCGUGGACAAAGUCAGGAGGUUUGGAGUGGCCAGAGUGGUGAACUCAGGGCGAGGCCAUGUCCCCACCUUGACUGAAGAUCAGGGACCUCUCCUCUGUGGGGCCUCAGGGCCAGCACAAGCCCUUGUUCCUGGAGGCCUAGUUCCCGAAGGUCUACAUCUUGGGGUCCCCAGGGUCCCCAGCAGCCUGCAACUCCCCAGUGGCAUCCGGAGGAACCGCAGCUUCCCCACAAUGGUGGGGUCCAGCAUGCAGAUGAAAGCGCCCGUGACACUCACCUCGGGCAUCCUGAUGGGCGCUAAGCUCCCCAAACAAACUAGCUUGCGAUGAGUUGGGGGGCUGGCCGUCCCCAGAGGAGAUGCGCGUCUUUCCUCUCCAUCUGUCCCCACCUUCCAUUCCCCACAGAGCUCAGCCUUUCCUGAGUGAGACAAAUCAACCUCGCGCCUCGUGGGAGGAAGAGCAGAACUUAGUACACCAUGUGCUCAGGACCCAGGGACCUCACGUCUGCCCUUCUAGUCCCCAAGAAGGUCCUGGCACUGUCAUCGCUCUCAUGAGGACGCCACCUCUCUUACCUGAGGACCUAGGUGUCCUUCUUUACUUUUAAAGAAGCACUGAAACUCCCAAGGGUGUUCUUAUCCCAUGGAUAGGAAACCAGUGAAUUCCGUGUCUGAUUGCUCGGGUCGCACACACCACGAGUCACCACGCGGCACAGGCCACAAUGCAUCCGGCAGUCCGGGUGUCGUAGGCCAUCUGGCCCACCCAUAAUAGUCGACAUGGCUUCUCAUGACCAGAGAGCUUUUCCUUCCGUUGUGGGUAUGGCCCCAGCUCCGUCAAGAUCAUCACUGCUCUGCCUCAAAGGACGGUCUGUUCUUUGAGGUGUGAAUUUUCUUUUCAUGCUUCUGACUUGAAGUCAUCCUGUGUUUUGUAAUCAAGAGUCAGGCCUCACGUGUGGCCUGAAAGAGAAUGUAUUUACACUCCAGCCGGGCCGUCCCUCUGUAUUCUGUAUGAUUGAGAUUUCCCCCCCCCCCCGCCCUUUUUUGUUAUUUCACGUGCAGGGAAGUCAUGGUACUGACAAUGUCUGUUCUCUACGCGGUUUGGUAACUCCAAAAUGCAAAUGGUAAACACACCGAGUUGCUAAUGGUAUGUUUUAUUUCUGGGACCCAGUGUCACAGCCAGGUCGAGGUGCAGCUAGACCCAACCGAACAGUAGGACUGAAAGGAAGGGCGAGAGGGGGCAAGCGUCUUCAGAAAGCCCUUCGCCGCCCCUCCCGCACCCAGGGUCGCGGGCGCGGGUCUCCUGCUCCCCCAGGGCCUCACUCAGCUCUGGUCCGCCUCGGCGUCCGUCCUUUCAACAUGUCCACAUGUCGUCCUCUUGUUUCAUAACAGGACAUGGUCACAGGCUUCCUUCGCCAUGCCCUCCAAGCCCUGUGUCUCCUCGUGACACGUUUUUUUCUUCCCUCAGAAAAGAUCAAAGGUGCUUAUGAAAACAGCCAUAAGCAAACAAGGUCUUGUUGCUGUCACCGACUCAGUUGUGAACUUUUAUUUAUUAUCUAUGUGUGCCGUUAUUUUAAGCAGAUGUCCCCUCUCAUUUCCCCCAGCUCUAGCACAGUGUGUGUGUGUGUGUGUGUGUGUGUGUCAUUCCAGCCCAAGAAACUCUUGAGGACAACUGUACAUAUGUGUCUUGUGACCAUUUGUCCCAGACAUCUAUGGAAGGAUAGCAUCCUGUGUAUCAAAUUGUCAUCUGGGGUCCUCCCCUCACCGCCCCCCAGCAAAAGAUGUGUCCUUCAGUUGAGUGAGAGCGCUCUUCACCCAGGGUGCCAGGAGCAAGCUUCAGUCCCGCCGUGUCACUGCUUCACACUAAGCAUGGACAUAAGCGUGCCAGCCAUUACAUCCUCCACUCCCCUCACCAUCAUGGGUUUUCAGUCAGCCCAAGUAACACCUGUCUUUUUGUUUGAAUGUAUUUAAAGCAGCACAUGCGAUGACAAAGAGGUAUGAAAGACAACCGCGGACUGAAUGGACCACUUCACGUAUCCAGAGAGGAGCUGCCCAUCAUCCCCAGAAAUGCCAGUGAAUACAUGGGCACUUCAGAGGUCGCGAUAUUUAGCAUAGUUAAUAAACUACCAACAUUGUGCAACCACUACCCAAAAGUGUGUUGGAAUGCAUUAAAAAUCAACAAUACAAUUUUAUUUGCUGAUGAAUACCAAUAAAAUAGGCUCAAGAGAUGGAAACCACA